UGUGUGAAGGUGUUCUUUUAUGCUCUUUUAAAUGAGAUGCUUGUGAAGCCAGGAAUCUUCAUUAAGUAAUUCUUGGACAAAGGCUCCACAGCCCAGCACUUAUGAAGCGCAAACUAUGCAGAACAUCGUUUAACUGUGAAGAUAUGGAGGAGCUGAAUGUUGGUGCCCUGUCUCGGCGGAAGGAGUCAGCAGCUCCGUUGACGGGGGAGCGAGACAGCACGAUAUUUCGUCAUGGCUUCGGGUACCCUCUCGCUCUGGUGCUACGACUACGAGUUUUACAGAUAGUAUGUGGCAUAUCAGCGAUGGUGAUGGGCAGCGUGGCGUUUAUAGAAGAGAGGCAGAAGUUCAACAUGGGGCUCGGGAUUCCUGCGGGAGCCAUCACAGUUUUAGCUGCAGCUAUAUCUAUCCACACAUCACGAGGCUGGACGUCAAUGCCGGGGAUGGCGGCCAACAAAGCGAGUGCCGCUACUAUAAUAUGGGCAGCCGCAGCGUGCAUGCUUGUCGCUCUAGUGGUACAAUGCUGUAGAACUAUCUUGGACCCGCCAGGCGUUGAUCAUGGAGACGGUCCUAUAGAAGAAGAAACGCUACCAUCAUCACGCGAUUUAGUCAUAAUUGCGUGCGUUCAAAUCGCGCUUGCAGUCACUACACUACUUAGCGCAGCGAUCUGUGCACGCAUCGAUAGCGGUACAUGACUGGAGCCACAGCGCACACUCACCCGACGCAGGGUGAGUGAAGCGCCUACAACGCCUGCUGUGGCUGCAGCAGCUGAACUCACCGUCUCACCGCCUGAUGACGUCAUCGUUGAAAGAGAAGGUAGUAGAGUCGCCUGGUUGAUAUAAACGUUACGUGAAGAACAAUAUUUUCAUAAGAAGAGCCUUUGAAUGUACGGAUUCUUGACGUCAGCAUUAAAAGAGGUAGCAACGCCUAAUUGAUGUAAACAUUGUGUAACUGUUAAUAAAGUAAAAACCAUUUCAGUAAUAGCCACGCCAUUGAAUGUGCAAUGGCUUCUUUGAUGGCGUAAUUGUGGAA